AUGAAUUAAACAGGAGAUUUGGAAAUUUUAAAUCACUAAUUGAGCAUCUAAAACAACAAGAUGUCCCUUUAAAUAGAGGUCUUAUCAUAAUAACUCUAAUUACUUAGAAAAUAAAUUCAAUAAUUAUAAGAAAGGGCAGCAGAUUACUAAAAUUUAAGUGCUGAAAAUGUAACUUUAAAAAAAGACAUUAUGAAUUUAUAAGAACAAAUUUAGGCACAAGAAUCAGAGUAAUUGUUAGUUCAAGAGAGUUAGUUCAACUCGCAAAUUCAAGAAAUGCAAAAAAGACAUAAAAAGCAAAUAUAAGACUUAAAAACUUUAUAUGAGGAUAAAAUUAUAACGUUGUAGAAAGAAAAGACCUCUAUGUAAGAUUAGGCUAUGUAAAUGGGAGUGUCUAAUUAAGCAUCGAAAACCUUGGAAUAGUAAGCUGCUAAAAUAAUACAAAUAAGCCAUAAGUUAGAAAAAACCUUGUCUGAUCUUCCAUCCCAAAGUCCCAGUCAUGGACAUAUAGGAAUAUCUAAAGAAAUGUACGAUUAAAUGUUGGAACAGUUAAAAACCAAAUCCUCGAAAAAUAUAAUCUUGGAAAAAAUACAUGACUAGCAAAAUAAUUCUCAGCGAUACAAGAAAAUGUCCAUUGCCAACAUCAAAAAGGAAACUAAUUUUAGUGUCAAAAGAAUUUUGCAUUACAAUAAACCAUAAGAGUCUCCAAGAACUCAAAACUCUAUAAAUGCUCUCACAAUAAGUACAUUAACCAAGAAGUCUUGA